AUGUCGACGAUUACAAGGACUCUGGGCAACCUGCGCAAGGUUGGCAUCAAGGAUUAUUUCCGCCAGAUGCUGUACAUCGGUGACACAAAGGCCGGAACCCUCAUCGGCACCGAUCGCGCCGGCAACAAGUUCUACGAGAACAACGAGGAACUGCCCCUUCGCACCCGCUGGGUCGACUACGCCAAGCACGACUACGACGCCAGUCAUAUCGAGCCCGGCUGGCACGCCUGGAUCAGCUACGCUGUCGACAAGCCGCCCACCGAGGACCCCCUGAUUUUGCCGGGCACACGACACUUUGAGCCGGCGCUGCCCAAGCCAAACUAUACCAUGACGCGGGGCGCUUUCAAGACGUACAACACGUGA